AUGAAUACAAAUCAAGCACAGUAUCAUCUGAGCCCUUGGAGAAACAACCACCAACACCACCACACCACCAAAACCGCCACCAAAUUUCUCCACCCAGUAGAGCUUUAUCCAAAACGGAAAAGGCCCAAAGCCUCGAAGUCAUCUCUACCACAACCGUCAUCUCUACUUGCACAAACACCAUCAUCACCACCCACAAACAACUACCAACAACCAAAUCGACACUGUCCGAAAUCACCCCCAAUAUCUGCAGCUGUGACAAUCGACGUCGCUCUCUCAGAUCGUGCGCUGCUUGGAAUCACUACCCACUGUCUCAACCACGAGGGCAGUACUGCACUGAGUUCAUCGGAGGGUGUUGGCUCCACUGUCAGUCACCAGAACUUUGUCUUGAACCUCCCAGCCUUGCCGAAAUUUUGGCCGGGAUUCAGCUCCGGCGAAGACGAAGUUAGAAGAGAGAGUACAGAGUGA